AUGCCUCGGUCCGUUCCAAAGUCUACGUCUGCCUUGCGCGAGCAAGAGGACACUGAAAACACACAUAAUGCCCAAACUGCUCCUCCCUCACCGAAUGACUACAGACGGGCUCAUAGUUAUCUCUCCGAAACACAUACCGAAUACCAGUCCCUAGAUGCGCCCUUGGAGAUUACAGAAACGACGAACCUCCUUGGGCCUGCGCAAGACUUCCACCGACGAUCUUACACCAGCACUUCAGGAGUAUCAGGCACCGGUCCGGAAUCAUUGAGACACUUUUUGGCGGCGGGCAGCCUGCGACGAACGCGAAACAAUAGCCGUGCUAACUCCACCGGAAGGCGAUUGAGUCGGCGAGGGAGUAUAGAUGGCAAUAGUAGAGCCGCCAGCGUUCCUCCGUCCACGAAGGACAAUCUUGCUGCCUCUUCAUUUAUGGAUGAACGGACUUGGUAUGAUCAAUUUACUUCUACCGACUGGGUACAUGACAGCAUAGCCGAUGGAGCACGACUUCGUCGACUCCGCCAGCGGAAAGAUGUGCGAGGCCGAUUGCUAGCGGCCUUCGACGGUGCGCAAGGAUGGAUUUUGGUCGCGCUCAUUGGUUGCAUUACGGCUUCCAUUGCUUACUUCGUCGAUGUCACUGAAGGAUCGGUCUUUGAUCUGAAGGAAGGCUUUUGCACGACCCGGUUUUUCCGUAAUCGACGGACCUGCUGUGAUGGUGUGGCUGGUUGUGAUGCAUGGCGGCCCUGGUCCAUGAUCUUCUCACCAUCGGGUACAGAAACCCAGUGGGUUGAUUUCACCGUGUUUGUUUUUUGCGUUGUGACGUUGGCGCUCAUAUCGUGCGCUUUGACUCUGCUUACAAAAACCGUCGUUCCUUCGUCCAUUUCUCUUGCCACACUCGAUGAAAACCUGGGCGCCGACUCCCGUGGUACUAAAUCUGGAAAUGGACUCGGUGCUCUGGCUUCUCCUCUUUCGGUGACGGAGACGAGCCCAGUGCAUGGAACUUUGCCUAAUCUUCCGUCUCGUUCAGCUAUGAUCUACUACUCUGCUGCUGGAAGUGGAGUGGCCGAAGUCAAAGUGAUCAAUAGUGGCUUUGUCCUCCAUGGAUAUUUGGGACUGAAGACGCUGGUCAUUAAGACGAUUGGCUUGAUCUUUAGUGUGUCAUCUGGUUUGAGCUUGGGCAAAGAAGGCCCCUAUGUUCAUAUUGCCACCUGUGUGGGCAAUAUCUGUUGUCGUUUGUUCGCCAAAUACAACGAAAAUGACGGAAAGCGACGAGAGGUUUUGAGUGCUAGUGCCGCCAGUGGCGUUGCUGUUGCCUUUGGUGCUCCGAUUGGCGGUGUCCUCUUCAGUUUGGAAGAAGUGAGCUAUUAUUUCCCACCCAAGACCCUUUUCCGGACGUUCUUCUGUUGCAUUGCAGCUACGUUGUCGCUCAAAUUCCUAAACCCCUAUGGAACUGGUAAAGUUGUUCUAUUUGAAGUCCGAUACCUUUCCGACUGGCAGAUCUUCGAGAUAUUCAUCUUCAUUUUUCUCGGUAUUAUGGGAGGCGCCGCUGGUGCGCUUUUCAUCAAAGCCUCGAACCUAUGGGCGCGAUCAUUUCGUCGCAUUCCAGCCAUCAGGCGUUGGCCAAUGCUUGAAGUUUUCCUUGUUGCGCUAGUUACAGGCAUCAUGAGCUUCUGGAAUCGAUACACGAAGCUCCCUGUCACCGAACUUCUGUUUGAGCUAGCUUCUCCUUGUGAAUCUGAUGUGGAAAACACGGGCCUGUGUCCUCGCACAGAUGGCAUUCUUGAAAUUGUCCACUAUCUUCUGGUAGCGUUUGUGAUCAAGAGUUUCCUGACCAUCAUUACGUUCGGUAUUAAGGUGCCCGCGGGCAUCUAUGUGCCAUCCAUGGUUGUCGGCGGCUUGAUGGGGAGGAUUGUUGGACAUUUGAUCCAGUAUUGGGCUCUCAGGCAUCCAACCUUUUUCUUAUUUGACUCUUGCUCUGCCAUUUCUGGGGUUGAAUCGUGCGUGACCCCAGGAGUGUACGCCUUGGUAGCCGCUGGAGCGACCAUGUGUGGUGUGACACGACUGUCGGUAACGUUGCCUGUUAUUCUAUUCGAGCUGACAGGCAGUCUCAACCACGUGCUGCCGUUUUCCCUAUCGGUGCUUUGCGCCAAGUGGACUGCAGAUGCCAUUGAACCUCGCAGCAUUUAUGACCUAUUGACCGACAUGAACUCCUACCCCUUCCUUGACAGCAAACUCCAACCGACCACCGAUGCCGAGCUGGGAGACUUAGUCCGCCCAGUGCGGAAAAACCGCAUCAUUGACAUCUCUGGAUCGCCAUUCGUAACAGCAACGGCCCUCCGCUUGAAGCUAGAAGACCUGCUCAUAGCAGGUGAGCUGGACGGCGGUCUUCCCAUUCUACGUGACGGUGUUCUAGCCGGUUUACUCCCAGCACCGGAGCUUGAGUUCGCACUGGAUAACCUGGGCGACGAGGAAGAAAAUACCAUAUGUCUGAUGACUACGGACACUUCCGUAGCCGUCUAUGACAGCGAUGUCGAAGAUGCCGAGCAGGUGGACUUCAGUCGAUACAUUGACCCUGCUCCAAUCGCUCUUGAUGUCCACUCCUCUAUCGAUUUGGUCUACCAGUGCUUCGUCAAGCUGGGUCUUCGUUACCUUUGCGUUACUCAAGACGGAAAAUAUGCCGGCCUGGUACACAAGAAAGCAUUUGUGAAAUUCAUGAGGGAGAAUAGCGACUAG